AUGUUUCGGGUCCGAAGGCUUGCUGGGUUUAUACAAUGUUCCCCAUGCGGAAAGAUGGGCCCAUUGAAGCAACAAACACGUCGCUACACCCCCAUAUGGAAGUCUGAUCCGGCUGUCGAUAACGUCGCUCCCCUUCGAGACGAGGAUGAGCGACGCACCUUGUGGGCGGAGGUGGGCCCCAUCUCAGAUGUUGGUAGUGCCGUCACCGCGUGGAUACGCUUCGGAAAUGAUCCCGUCCUCCAUACAGCGGUUCCCACCAUGCUUGGCGGGAAGUUUCGAAAUCAGCAGCGGGAGAAGGAGUCGCUUCUGCCCAACUCGAGCUCUCCUUUUGCGUAUGUGGAGGAUUACAUGGGUACUAACCUUGUUUUUGGCUCUCCAGUGCACGCUAAGGAAAGCGCGGCGGUGUGGGCGACUUACUUCGAGCGACGGUAUGCCAGUCGACUGCGGUUAAGCCGCCGCACCGUCGCGAAUUAUGUGGGGCUCAUCAAUUCACCGGAGGUGUUUGAUGAUGAAUCGGACCGACCGGAGACGCGAUGGUCACAGGAUACUUUUUUUCGGGAGUGCGCCUACUUGUCCGAGAAAUUCCUGAAGGAAAAAGUGUCAAACAUGCAGCAGUUUGAGGCGGCCUUGAAACGAGCUUCACCGGAGGCGUAUCUCGCCUUCUUUGACGCCUUUCAGCAACAAACCCAAACGCAAAUUCCUCUCCCCUCACCGAGUGUGUGGCAUUAUGAGGGAGAACGCCGGAAGCAAUGGGCAGAGAAGUUUAUUAGCAUCUCCCACAAAGCGCAGGCCUUCUUCAAGGAUGUUCUCUCUGAAGACGUGAAAAAGUACCAGGAGGUUCCUGGGAAAUUGUUGCAGAAGGUUAAACCUGUCUUAGCGGAUGUGGGGAAGAUAUUAGUGAAGCGACACGAACGGUGGUUGAAGGGUCGCGUGUGGACCUCCCUUACCGAAGAGGAAAGGGAGGCGUACUGCAUGAAGGAAGUAAAGCGCCAGCAGAUGCAGGUGGAGGAUGGCGAAUUUGAUCCCAUGAUGGAGGACGAUGUCGACGAUACAGAGUUGGAAGAAUGGCAGCGUGAGCAUGAUGCCAUCAUGGAACUUAUGAACUCACCCAUUGAUGGGCUCCAUUUCACUACUCUGGAACUGUGGUUGCAUGCGAUGCGUUGCGAGGAGUUGGAAACGGAACACAUCUAUACUAGUGCUCGCGUGCGUGCCGUUCAAGUCGCGGCUAGGAAGAAACUGUAUGACACAACCUCGUACGAGGAGGUGAUACAAGCAGUGGUGGAAUCUAUUGCCCGCGGUACGUUAGAUUUGGGAGCUGGGGUACUUCGCCCGCACUUUAACGAAGUGUGGUGCCAGCUGAACUACGCCAAGUUUGGGUCAUCAACCAUAACGCAACACACGACUACGUCCCGUCGACAGUUGCUCUUUUUCCACGCUGGGUCGUUGAAGGACAUCGCUGCAACCGCCACACUUUAUUAUGCAACGAAACCCCUGAGCAACUCACUGGACUACGCAUCUCCGUACAAAUAUCGUCGGUCGUUGAUCACUCUCUGCUCUAACUACGGAGUGGAGACUGCGUACACAACUCAACGUCCCCUGCUGCGCAGUGCAGCCAACCUUGCACGAGCGGAGGAUUUAAUUCACGCUGUUGUCACAGCCGCUGCACAACCCUUUGGGGAACGACGUCGGGCAGCCACGCGCGAUCUUCACAUGGAAUUUCAGCGUUUGGCUGUUCCGGUGGAGCGGGUUAUUGUAGCUAACCCUGUUUCUGCACUUUUGGAAUCUGGAGCUGAUCCUGAUGAGAAGCCAGUGGAAGGUGAGAAGGUGAAUAUGUGGCCACUUGGUGCAAAACGUGUCGUGUUGUAUAAGUGGUCAGCACCUAACGUGGAAAAGCUCAAGGCAAUGGAGAGCGAUGCAGCACCCGCUGUUAGCGGGUCAUCGCUGACGGCUGAACGUCUGCGGGAAAUUCAAGAGCUUAAGCGCCGUGGGUUUCUUGAGGUCUCGCUCUGGCGUCGCGUCACCGCACAGGAGAGGAAACAGAGGAAUGAAAUUGUAGAGGCGAAGAAAAAGCAAGUUGAAGAGGUCGUACGGACUGUUCCGUCUUUGGCGCACCUCCACCAAUACGCGACUUCUCUCUACAGUCGCAUUGAAGAGAGAGUGGCGUUUCCCACCGAAACCUCGACCGUCACUGACACCACCAAUAUGAAGGAGGAAACCAAUAAGCCUCUAGAGGAUUCAGAGUGGGAAUUUGCGGUUUUGCUUGAUGAUCGAGUUCUACUUAACAAGGAGGAAUCAGUUGAGUUGUAUCUCCCAUACAGGGACGCGAAUGGGGAGUUACUUGCCCAAGGCGAAUACCGCGCGCUGGUGCGUGCAUUUGAUUUGGAGGCAAACCCCAAUCUCCACCCGGCGUACUGCAGCGUGGGAUAUUCAGAGUCGUUUCACGUUUUCGACGCUCUACCACAACUUAUAGCUCAAUUCUUUCGUGUGAAAGAUGCGACAGCUGAGGCAGCUGGUGUGACGCAUAUCCCCGCCGCCGACUUUACACCAUUUUGUGCGUUUCUUCGCGAUGCCGGUUUGGACGUUCCACUGCGCUGUGAGUUUGAGGCAGGACAGGCUGUAACAACGGAUGGUGAUGUGUACAUGGAUUAUUUUCUGCAACUUCUGCGUGGGGAGGCUUUCCACCAGAGCCACGCGCAGGCGGGUCUUACUGAGGCACAGCGCGCUAUUGAGCCCCUCUGUCGCGCGCACUGGGUUGUUCAUCACCCGGGUGCUGACGAGUCGGAGUGGGCUACCGCCCGCCGUAGUGUAUUGGAUCACGCAAUGCAGCAUGAACGUGAGUGGUGGUUCCCCAAUGAAAUGCUCGAUGUGAAGGAUGUUGUCACUGGAAGUACAAAUGGACUGACACCACAGAUGUAUCCCGCUGCCGUGCGUUACGGCGUGGAGCUCUGCACGGUGCUAACAGCAGAGGGGAAGUUCGUGGACGAAAGGGGUUCGGGGCUCUCUGCAAGAUGUGUUGUUAACGGGACGGGAGCCGCAGAGUCGGUUGUAUUUGACACUGCAAACUGUAAUGGCACCAACACUACAUCGGUGGAGGAUGCUUUGCGAGUGGCCCAUGGUGCACUGCGAAGCGCACAGGACAGACACAACACGCUUGCAGCUUUCCGCCUUGGACCCCUCUCAAAGCAGUCGCAGGUACUCUUGUUCUGCGGUGUGAAUGCGUAUGAGUUUGGUGGUAAGUACGCUCGUACGUAUGCAUAUGCCUUUGAAAAAGCCAAAAAGGAGCUGGAGGUGACGGCAGCAUCCGGGUUUAUGGCUCCAAGCCUCAGUCAUGAGGACAUAGAGCGUCUCUCGGAUCAACCAACCACUUCACCAUCUGUCGACCGCUUUGCCUCCACCACUCAUCCCGAGCAGCGCAAAGCACAGUUUGUUCCUCGUGUGGGUCCAGGCUCGACACCCCUGGAGGACCCAGCUGCCGAUCAGAAAUCAGAAUGGAGUUGA